AUGAGGAAAUACAGUAAAGGGUCCAGGAACCAGCUGCUGGAUAACCCAGGGACAUUAUUCACAGACAGGCACAGGUUGGGAGCAUCCCGCAACGCCCGGCACAAACUAAAAUAUUUAGCCAAUCACCAGAAACUAAAACAUGUUCAGCCACCACACUGUGAACUGAGGGAGGAAAUGUCCAACCGAAGCACCGUGACCGAGUUCCUGCUCCUGGGCUUCUCUGACGUCCGAGAGCUGCAGAUUCUGCACUUUGUGCUGUUCCUGGUACUUUACCUGGCAACUCUGGUGGGGAAUCUUCUCAUCAUCUCAGCCAUCAUCCUCGACCACCCCUUCCUUGCAGCUAAUUUUGUCUUGCUCACUGUCAUGGCCUAUGACCGAUACGUCGCCAUCUGCCACCCGCUGCACUAUGAGAGAGUGAUGAACAGGAGAGCUUGUGUUAACAUGGCCGCUAGUGCCUGGAUCACUGGUAUUGUCUACUCUGCCCUGCACUCUGGGAACACCUUCAGGUUACCCUUCUGCCAGUCCAAUUCCAACGUCAUCAACCAAUUCUUCUGUGAAAUCCCCCAGCUCCUCAAGCUGGCCUGCUCCGACUCCUACCUCAGUGAAGUUGGGCUUCUUGCCAUUAGCUUAUCCUUAGUUUUCAUCUGUUUUGUUUUGAUGAUUGUGUCUUAUGUUCAGAUCCUCAAAGCGGUGCUGAGAAUCCCCUCGGAGCAGGGCCGGCACAAAGCCUUCUCCACCUGCCUCCCCCACCUCGCUGUGGUCUCCUUGUCAAUUUUCACUUCCAUGUCUAAUUAUCUGAAAUCCACCCCCAGCUCAGGAUCAACUCUGGAUCUGAUGGUGGGUGUUUUUUACGCCGUGGUGCCUCCCAUGAUGAACCCCGUCAUCUACAGCCUGAGGAACAAGGAGCUCAAAGCUGCCUUAAAGAAACUGGUCGUGUGGAGGUUGUUCACCAACAAUUAA